AUGAGUCCCUUCCAGGCCUUAUAUGGAUACAUACCUACCCAUUUGGAUUUUCCCUCUUCAGCUACCACUGCAGUUUCUGAUGUUGCUGAAUACAUGAAAGAAAGAAAUGCUGCUCUUCAACUGUUAAAAGACAACCUUCACCAUGCCCAGGAGAGGAUGAAAUUUUUUGCUGACCAAAAGAGGAUUGAGAGGGAGUUUCAGGUGGGUGACAAAGUCUACCUAAAUAUACAGCCAUACAGACAGGCUUCUAUAGCUCUUAGAAGAAACCUCAAGCUAGCAGCCAAAUUCUAUGGACCAUUGAACAUUCUCCAGAAAAUUGACAAUGUUGCUUACAAGUUAGAUCUUCCACCAGAGGCCAGAAUUCACCCUAUUUUCCAUGUUUCACAGCUCAAGAAGCAACUGGGUAACUCCAUCACUCCUUCCCCCACACUCCCAUCUUUGGACACAAAUGGACAAAUCCUGGUAAUCCCUGCAGCUGUUCUGGAUACCAGAACUAUCAUCAGAAGAGGAGUUUAUGUUCCACAACUGCUGAUUAGGUGGACCAAUGCUACUAAUGAAGAUUCCACUUGGGAAGACACCAAGAAUAUAUCACAUCAUUUUCCUAAAUCAAUCCUUGAGGACAAGGAUUUGCUUCUGGGGGAGGCGGAUUUCGGCAAUUGUUCCAAUAAUUUUAAGACGAUUUAUUCUGCCAUACAGAUUAAAAUAAAAACGAUUGAUGAAACGCGAUAA